CAGCGGCCCCCGCGGCUUUCCGGCGGCAAGAUGGUGGCGCGCAGGGGGAAGCGUGCGGCGCGGGACCCUGAGGAGCGCGUUCCGAGCCCGCCGGGCUACUCGGCCAUUCCCAUCAAGUUCUCCGGCAAGCAGCGGGCCUCUCAUUACCUCUACGCCAGGGAGCACCGAGUGCGCGAAGGCGCCAGGUCCUCCCGGCCUCCGAAGAGGACCCUGUUCGUCCUCAACGUGCCCCCGUACUGCACAGAGGACUGCCUGGCCCGCCUCCUCUCCCCUUGCGGCCCUGUCCAGUCUGUGGAGCUCCAGGAGAAGCCGGACCUGGCUGAGGGCCCAAAGGAGCCCAAAUCCAAGUUUUUCCAGCCGAAGCCUGUUCCGGGCUUCCAGGUAGCCUACGUGGUGUUCCAGAAGCCGCGCGGGGUGGUGGCGGCCUUGGCCUUGAAGGGCCCGUUGCUGAUCUCCACCGAGACGCACCCUGUGAAGAGCGGUGUGCACAAGUGGAUCAGCGACUACACGGACUCGCUGCCAGACCCCGAGGCUCUGCGGGUGGACGUGGACACAUUCAUGCAGGCCUACGACGCGAAGGUGGCCGAGGAGGAGGCGAAGGCCAAGGAGGAGGAGGGGGUCCCUGACGAGGAGGGCUGGGUGAAGGUGACGCGGCGGGGCCGGCGGCCCGUGCUCCCCCGGACGGAGGCGGCCAGCCUGCGGGUGCUGGAGAGGGAGAAGCGGAAGCGUGCCCGCAAGGAGCUGCUCAACUUCUACGCCUGGCAGCACCGCGAGACCAAGAUGGAGCAUCUGGCGCAGCUGCGCAAGAAGUUCGAGGAGGACAAGCAGAGGAUCGAGCUGAUGCGGGCCCAGCGCAAGUUCCGACCCUACUGAGCCGCGUGGAGGCGGUGGACGGGGGCGGGGCGCCCCGCUCGCCUGGAUCGCAGCCGC